GUUGCUUGUGUGGAAUUACUUCUACGUGGUUAAGCAGUGAAGCGCCUCCCAGUGUCUCGGUCAUAGACCUUGAAACCCAGCGCAUAUAUCCAGAAUGUAUUUGGGUUGAGCGCGCUCCUAUAGCUGAGGAGGGUCCUUCCACUUGCACACAGGACCCCCUCCACCUCAACCUACCUUCCCUUCUUUAUACAUCUCCUCCUGCAUGGACGCCCGAUGCCGGAACAUGCUAAAAUAUUUGGGAAGAAGCUCGGUUCCGUCGCUGGAGUCUGUGGCUGGAUUCUAAUUUGUUGUUUUAAUGGGAUUAAUCUCCCAAUUUCUGACAGAAAAGAACUUAAGAUUACUAUUUAUUCAACCUCAGAGACCGCUCAGGAAAAUAAGUGAACACACAAAACAGUUAAAUUAUUAGAUGUUUGAUCAAGCCACGAGUAUGGGCGAUGGAAUCUCCGAGGACCGAAACCACUCUGGAUCCGAUUCGUUGUGCCGUGACCGCGGCAGAGACUCCAAAACCCGGGUGGAAGUGGGGAACCGGUCACCUGUGCUGAGUUCUUCCGACACACCCGGGACUUCGGCCUCCACACCGACUUCAUCGAGCGAGGAUGGACACGAUAAACUAUUAGGAGUCGAUCCGGACUAUUGCAGAAGGAUUCUGGUCAGAGACGCCAAGGGCACUAUUCGGGAGAUUGUUUUGCCAAAAGGCCUGGAUCUAGACCGGCCGAAGCGCACGCGGACCUCGUUCACGGCGGAGCAGCUCUACCGGCUGGAGCUCGAGUUCCAGCGAUGCCAGUAUGUGGUCGGGCGCGAGCGCACGGAGCUCGCCAGACAGCUCAAUCUUUCAGAAACUCAGGUGAAAGUGUGGUUUCAAAACCGCCGCACCAAACAGAAGAAGGACCAGACCAAUGACGCAGACAAACGGUCGUCAUCCACUACUGAAUCGCUUGCCACAUGCAACAUCUUGCGGCUGCUUGAACAGGGGCGGCUUUUAUCUGUGCCUGCGCCUCCACCCAACCCACUGCUGGCUCACUCACACCCGGGAAACAGCUCGCUCCUGGGCAGCUCGUCCAUAUCCACUUCCUCUGGGGUGAUUAGCAGCACCACCACAGCGGCGGGCGGGACAUUUGGACUGUCACUUUCUUCUUUAGGCGGCACCCCAUCCUCGCCGCGCCUCGGGGUCCCACCGCCCUCCCUUUGCUUUACCAUGCCUCUCUUGGGCAGCACCCAUCACGAACUGCCAUCGGGAUAUGGGUGUGGAUCCUCAGCGUUUGAGCCCUACAUGAGGAUAGAGAGGAAGGACGGGGAGUUAAAUGGGAAGAAGACGGUUUCCUAAAAACAUUCCCAAUCUGCUGGUACCUUCUCACUUCUACCUGUCUCAGGGGUCUCACCUGUGCCGUGAACAACCGAAAGAUUUACAAACUAACAGAAAGCGAUCGAAUGAUGGCCUCUCUUGCACUAGUGCCUAUAACCAAACCAAGGCGAGUCGGACUCCAUCGUUCCAGUGGAGGUGAGCGUUUGGGACGAAGCCUGUAAUUAAGCAUCGCUGUGUUUGGUCAAUUGUGUCGUCCACACGUUUCCUUCCAUUUUUGCAUUACGUGUGUGUUAAGGAACUUAUUCUUUGUGAACGAUGGAGAACGGCGUAAAUGUAACUGUAAUUGUAAAAGGCUUAAUAAUUUCUCAAGUUUCCAAAAAAAAAAAAAAAGAAAUUAGAAAAAUUAAGAAAAAAAUUAUCAACAUUGUGGUAUGGUUUUAUGUUGCUCUAAAUUAAUUGACUUUGGGGAGCUUCUUGUCGAUAUAAAUGUGAGUCUGUGUGAAAGUAUAAUAAUGAGAGCAUUAGGUGAUCGAGUACGUACAUUAACUAUAACAAGGCACUGACAAAUUUUGUGGCAUUUAUUUCGCACUGGACCUUGGUACUAAUGGGAGUUCAAUGGACAGAGUGAUUAUUCAUAUAGGAGUGAUACAACAUUAAAUUUGGGCAUGUGGAAAAUUAUACAGGCAUUUAGCAAAACGCAAAUAAUAAUAGCAUCUAAACAUACUCGUCACAUGUGCUUCCCAUCAAGGAUAAGUUGUUCCAAUGCACAACUCUUUAAAAAAUUUUUCUUCUCUUGGUAACACAUGAAAUUCUCAAUGGAAAGUGUUAAGAUGCCUUCACUGGCUCAACAACAAUAUAAAGACCAUUUUCACAGACUGUGAUUACAUGCUUCCACUUAUUAACAAUGUAAAUCUUUCAAGAUUUUCAUUAAUCUUACAUGUCAGAAAACUGGUUGAAGUUGCUGUGAGAGUGUUUCUAAACACAACAGUUGAGGGAGUGACAGCAAAUUUGACAUUUUUUUUUUCUCAUCAGACCAACAUAAUUUCAUAAUAAUCAACAAUUUCCUCCUCUUUUGAAGUCAUAGAAACACCAUUGUUUCGCAACUGGGGCAAAUGACAUCACAAAAAUUAUAUUUCUUGUAGUUUCCGUUCACUCCUAUAGAAAUUUACCCAGUUAUGAUAACUUCCGCUUCUGAUAAUGCCAGAAAUGUGGCAAUGGUCCACUGCCUCUAACAUGCUUCCUCUUGUCAGAGAGCUGCUUCCAAAUCAAUGCAAAGGGCUAAUUCUUGACUUCCCAGAUGAUCCGUCUUUCAAAGACUUUCAGCACGGUUUCAUUUUGUGAAAUCUUAAUAAAUGCUCAAUUAUUGAUGGAGCAUUCAUAGCAUCAGUUUCACAUUAUGUGCACCUCAUUCAGACAUCGACUGCAGUUUACAUGCACUAAUGCUUGCUAUUGCAGUACUAUAGACUUGGAGACUGAAUCAAAACAAAUAAAUACUUUAAAAAGUACUUUGAUAAAAUGAUUGCUUUAAAGAAUACUAUGGUAGUACUUUUUUUGUUUUGUGAGAAAUUUAGAUUUUUUUUCACUUUUCCAAAUUUUUACCUUUAACCUUGUCAGAAGUGUUAGGUCAGUUCAUCCUUUAUAUGACUUCAGAAUUACAACCCACAAUUAAUCAGCAUUUUUUCAUUACCUCAAAUUAGAUGCACUUUAUGUUUAUGGAUUUUCCUAGUCUUCUUCACUCAAAACCUACCAUGCAUAUCAAUAAGCAUGGCAUACAUUCAUAAAAAAAAAAAAUUCUCCAAACAUUCCUGGUUUACAUUUUUGAAUGGUAGCCACAGACAUCUACUGCAACUACAUCCCAACCUCUAAACUGAUUUAAUGAAGCCUUGCACCAAAGCUAGGCCAACGCAUGCAGACUCAUGCUAUAGUUUCAUAUUUAAAAGAUUAUUUCUAGUAAAGGAUUUACCCUUAGCAUUUUGCAUGAAUAAGUCAGAACAAUCCCAUUCACAUUGAAAAAAAUAAAUAAAUAAAAAAAUAAAUAUUGGCAGACAACUUGUUUUGGGUCCUGGAAGUAAAAUUUUCCCUAUGUGUGGCAAAAAACCCACCAACAAAUUAGAUUUGGGGUUGUGAAAUAGACGAAUCUGUGCUGACUGAAAUCGUUAUUGUCUGGUUGAGCUGAAAUCUGUUUUGGGUUUGGCUAGCUGGGUUGUAUUUUGCAUUAAAGCAUGUGAAGUGCUUUUCUGCUUUGCUCUUGAUUAAAAAGACCUUUGCACUUGCUUGUUUUGUUCUUAAAGGUGCUGUAGGGAACUUUUGUAAAAAAAAUAUUUUUUACAUAUUUAUUAAACCUGUCAUUAUGUCCUGACAGUAGAAUAUGAGACAGAUAAUGUGAAAAAAUCAAGCUCCUCUGGCUCCUCCCAGUGUCCUAUUGCCAUUUGCAGAAAGUCAUGCGCUCCCGGUAAAAAAUAACCAAUCAGAGCUGCGGUCCGUAACUUUGUUUGUGUUCAAAAUGUAGAAAAAAAUUAUAUUAUAAGCGAGUACAGCAUGAAUCUAUUUCCCAAACCGUGUUUUUGGCUUGUCCUGAAUCACUAGGGUGCACCUAUAAUAAGUGUUUAUAUUCGGACUAUUUUAGAUUGCUUCGGGGAUACCGAGGCGGAGUAACCCAGUACCUUUGUGAUUCUUCAUAGACAUAAACAGAGAGAAGUAGUUCCGGCUACGAUGUUCUUCCGCAAGAUGCAAGCAGUUCUGUUUAUUAACCGCUAGAGCGUCAAAAGUUCCCUACAGCAGCUUUAAGGAACGUUCACAGUGACAAUUUCAGUCUAUAAAAGUUGCUGAAAGUGCUUAUAAUUUUAAAGCUUGUUGUUUUUAACGGUGAUGAUUUUGGCUCACAUUUAACAAAAACCCACCAAUUCAACAAAUUAGAAUAAAAAAAAAAAACAAAAAAAGAGUGGCAAUGGAUGUUUGUGACUUACCCUCCUUGUGAAGGGGGUCAAUGACUGUCUUCUGGACAACUGUCAGAUCAGCAGUCUUCCCCAUGAUUGUGUAGCCUAGUGAACAUUUUGAAGGCUCAGGAAACCUUUGCAGGUGUUUUGAGUUGAUUAGCUGAUUGGCAUGUCACCAUAUUCUAAUUUGUUAAGAUUGUGAAUUGGUGGGUUUUUGUUAAAUGUGAGACAAAACCAUCACAAUUAAAAGAACCGAAGACUUAAACUACUUAAGUCUGUGUGAAAUGAAUAUUUAUUACACAAGUUUCAUAAUUUGAGUUGAAUUACUGAAAUAAAUUAACUUUUCCACGACAUUCUAAUUUAUUGAGAUGCACCUGUAUAAUCUCAUAAUUCAAGAAAAUAAGUAAAUAGUUAUGUGUUUAAAAAAAUAGUGUCUAAAUUUUAAGAUAUAAACUUGGAAAUUGUGAGGGAAAAAGUCAGAGUAAUGAUACUGAGAGAAUUGCAAUUGCCUAUUUUAUAUUAUUAUUCUUUGGCAAAAAUAAAUUUUCAUAGCUACAACACUGUACUUUCAUCCUUUCUCUAUUUCUAUCCUCUGACAGUAUCCUAAAUUGGACGUUGAAAAGUGUGUCAUUUACCCUUGUUUGUUUCAAACCCGUAUCGACUUCCAUGGAAUGGCAGAUCUUCUAUGAAACACAAAAGAGAAACAUUAAAGAUACAGAAGCAAUACACUUUCCCAAAUCUUCUGAAAGUCAUAUGAUCAUUUUGGGAGAGUAUCAGAUUAAAAACAACAUUAAUUUGCUUUCUGAGGCUUGAAAUAUUUAGUCCCCAUUCAUUUUGCUUGCAUGGGAAGAGCAAGAAAGUCUUUGCAACAAUAAUUUGGGUGAGUGAAUGAACACAGAAAUUUCAUGUUUGGGUGGACUUUGCUUUCAAAAGAAUACAUGGACAUGGUUUUAGCUUUUCAUACAUGUAGUAUAUGAUUGCAAAUGGAUUGUAACUUGUGCAUAAAAGUUCUCGUUGCAGUGGUGGUGUUGUCAAACACUGUUAUUUCUUAUAAGCAUCAUGUAUAAUUCACUGCAGCAUCAUUUAGCCUGAAGCGCUGAGACAGACACUGGCUCAUAACAGUCCAGGCUUAAGAGAACAACAAACUUGUGAACAUUGCACUUUUCUUUUCUCACUCUCUGUUUUUUAGUGACAUCUCUCAAACCGUUUCCUAAAACAAUAAUGUAUUGAUUAUUUUUUUACACGAACGAUUACUUACUGAUUUUCUUCACCAUCACUAAAAAAUUCUACCCUUUGAAUUAUGUGAACCGCAUGCCUGAAAUAUACUUUCACAGUAUGUUGAACAAGCAAAGACAGUAAAUAUAAAUAACAUUGCCACAGAUGUUAUUGUAAAAUGUGGUUUGAGUUUACUGUGAGUGUGUGGAACGAUUAAAUUUUUUAUAUUUUCUUCCAUUGUUAAAGGGUCAGUGCUCUUGUCCUGACACAAAGAUUAUGUGUAAGUAAGCCAUAAGCUUUUUGGCAGUACAGCAUUUGUGUGACCGUGUCAAAAAAAUAAGAAUAAAAUAUUACAUAAUGGCACCAGCUUCUCACAAAUAAUCAAACACUUAGACAUUAUGUAAAUCUAUGAAUCUUUGCACAGUAUUUUCAUGUUGUAUUAUGUGAUCUUGCAGAAAAAAAAUUAAUGAAAAAAAAAAAAACAAUAUAAAUGCUUUACAAUUCUUUGUCUCAUUAACUCUUUGCACUUAUUUAAAAGAAGUUUGUGUUCUGUGGCAAAAGAGCCUUUCUCAUGGUUGGGCUAAAAAGCCAAGGUAUUGUACAAUAUGUACAUGUGAUUUUAUUCAUAUGCAUAUAAAUAUAUGUCUAUGUAA